AUGGUCAUGAAGCAGCAGGAUGAAGAAUUGGUGAUGACUAUUGCAUCGGACGAAGAACUUUCCGAUGCUGAGGAGAGCUCGGCGUCGGACACUUCCGAUGAGGAAAAGGAUGUACGACCACAGCAAAUUAAUGAAAGCUUCAGGUUCGACGAUGAUGGUGCGUUGCUGGGUGGAAGCUCAUGGGACUUUACAGCAGCCAUCUCGCGCAUUGCUGAUAUGGAGGAUGACAAUCCAAUUGCCACUAAGCGAACAUCCACCCAGUGCAAAAUUGACAAGAGGCGAAAAGAGAAGGAGGCCGAGAAGAAGAAAAAACAGGAGAAUAAACAUCGAAAUCUAGUGAAAGAAGAGAUUGUUUCAGUUGAAGCUGAAAAGCAAGAAGUGACAAGCCACAGCGGGAGCGAGAAUGAAGAUGAGGGCGAAACUUUCUCUGUAAACCCGAUCGAGCAGGUUGAAGAAGAGGAUAUCGUGGAGGAGGAGGAGCGACUUCAAUUGGCGCUUGUAGAUAGCAAAAAGGAUCGUCAGUCUCGAGGUGAAAUUGUUGACGAGUUAGAGAUGAAGAAAGCAGCCGAGUUUUUUGAAGCCGAUCCGUUUUCCGCGCAGGAAUUUGCCAAGACCAAAUUUGAAACAUUUGACGAUCUGAAACUUUCACGCCCAAUUAUGCGGGCCAUUUCACUCAUUGGCUUUGAGAAACCAACGCCUAUUCAGCAGCGUGCGAUCCCUGUUGCCCUGACUGGCAAGGAUAUUUGUGCUAGUGCCCAGACGGGUAGUGGUAAAACUGCUGCCUUCUUACUGCCCAUUCUGGAGCGUCUGCAAUUUCGCUCGCGUCGUGUGCAGUCAACUCGUGUGAUGAUUAUCUGUCCCGUGCGAGAAUUGGCGACGCAGUGUCAAUCGAUGUUCGAGCAGCUGGCGCGUUUUACAGAUAUCACAUGCUCGCUAGCUGUCGGCGGAUUGCCUCUUAAGGCUCAGGAGGUUGAGCUACGCAACCGCCCCGACGUUGUGGUUUGUACGCCUGGUCGUAUGAUUGAUCACUUACGUAAUUCCAAAAGUAUUCACAUGGAUGAUCUAGAGAUUUUGGUACUGGAUGAAGCUGAUCGUUUACUCGAAUUGGGAUUCACCGAAGAAGUUCUAGAGCUUGUUCGCAUGUGCCCGAAACAACGCCAAACGAUGCUUUUUUCUGCCACGAUGACGUCUAAAGUCGACCAACUGAUCGAUCUGUCAAUGAAGCGUCCUGUGCGCAUUAGCACUGACCCACUUUUCGACAUGGCAAAGCAUUUAGUGCAGGAGUUUGUGCGAAUUCGUCCGAAUCGUGAAAACGACCGCGAGGCGAUCCUCUUGGCUUUGUGUACGCGAACUUUUCGCUCCAAUACGAUUGUGUUUAUGGAGACAAAGCUGCAUGCGCACCGCAUGAUGAUAAUCUUUGGCCUUGCUGGCAUCAAAGCCGCAGAACUUCAUGGCAAUUUGCAGCAGAGAGAGCGUCUGGAAGCGCUUCAAAAGUUUCGUGACGGUACGGUCGAUAUUCUUCUCUGUACUGACAUUGCCGCUCGAGGCAUUGACGUGCGCGGUGUCCACGCCGUCAUUAAUUACGAGAUGCCAAAAGACAUCACGACGUAUGUGCAUCGUGUCGGUCGUACGGCUCGUGCUGGCCGGAAUGGUCGCUCUGUCACGCUUACAAGUGAGUCACGCCGCCUGGUGAUGAAACAGGUGUCGCGUCAUUGUCAAGGCUUUGUCAAGUCUCGUGCCGUGCCUGAUCCUGUUAUUGCACAAUGGAAAGCGCGUAUUGAGAGCAUGGAGGAAGACAUCAAGAUGGUCAUGCACGAGGAAACACUCGAGAAGCGCAUGCGUGAGGCUGAGAAGGAAGCAACUCGUGCAACGAAUCUGCUAAAGCACCGCGACGAGAUCAACGCGCGACCUGCGCGUACGUGGUUUAUGUCUGAAAAAGAGAAAAGGGAUGUGAAUAAGCGUGCUGAGGAUGACCGACACGCCAAGGAUGAAUUGGCAAAUCAAGCAGCAGACUCUGUCGAAACCAUAUCUCGCGCAAAGAAGUUGAAACUGAUGAGUCAUAAAAAACGUCGAUUGUUCGAGAUCCGCGAGCGGGAAGAGCGAAUGCUUGCUGAUGCUGCUCGGAACGAGGACAAAGAGAGUGGAAAGAAGGAUGUUGGUUUCACGUCGAUGCACGUUGCUGGAGCAGCCAAGCGUGCUAAAAAAGCUCAGCAAGAAACGGCUCGUUCCCGUGAAGAAGAGUCUAUUGCAGAAAUUCAUGAACGAAAGCGUUUGAAGCGCGAAAAGACUCGCGCUGCACGUAGCAGCCAUGGAUUAGGUGCGUUCGAUGUUGAUAUGACCACGGACAGCAAAAUCGCAUCUAAGUCCAGAAAGCAACGGGAAGAGAAGAAUCCGUUUGAAUUUAAGGAAAAGAUCACCGAUUUUAAGAGGCAUGCGAAAAAAAAAUCAGGCGCUUUCAAGUCUAAGGCCAAGUACAAGCGUCGCAAAUACCGUAUCGAUAUUGCUGCUACCGCGCUUGCCAAACUAAAGUCCAGCCACAUGUCGGUGUCACUUAGAUCGCGAACGCCUCUGAACCGAAGCAUCAAGAAGCAGCUUGUAGUGUCUCCAACUUCAAGCAUUCCCUGCUUCAUGGCGGGCUGUGUUUCGACGAAGGAAAAUUGCGGGCGAGCUAAUCAUUUAAUGAAAUUAUUCAGAUCUCUUGUAGAGAGAUUUUGUCGAUUGGCCAUUACGCAAAAUGCUUUAGGUCGAACUCUUGCUACGCCUAAUACAAAUUUAGGUCAGCAUUUCCUUAAAAACCCAAUGAUUGUGACGCAAAUAGUGGCUAAGGCAGCCAUUCGCGGCACUGACGUGUGUCUUGAAGUCGGUCCCGGUACUGGAAAUUUGACUGUGAAGCUGCUAGAGCAGGCAAAGCGUGUUGUAGCCGUAGAGUUUGACACGCGUAUGGUGGCGGAGCUACAAAAGCGCAUUCAGCACACCGAGCACAUCAACCAUUUGCAGAUCAUUCACGGAGACGUCAUGCGCGUGCAACUGCCGUUCUUUGACGUUUGCGUGGCCAAUCUGCCUUAUCAAAUCUCGUCACCUUUUGUUUUCAAGCUACUAGCACACCGCCCCAUGUUCCGUUGUGCUGUCGUAAUGUUUCAAGAGGAGUUUGCCAAGCGUCUCAGUGCCAAACCUAACGAUGAACUUUAUUGCCGAUUAUCGGUGAACACACAACUACUGGCUAAAGUGGAUCAGCUGCUUAAAGUUGGACGCAACAACUUUCGUCCGCCGCCUAAGGUCGAAUCGCGUGUGGUUCGUAUCGAGCCACGCAAUCCACCACCACCUGUUAAUUUUACCGAAUGGGAUGGCAUGAUUAAGAUCAUAUUCAAUCGAAAGAACAAGACGCUGCGCUCUUGUUUCGUCACUAAGUCGGUUCUUAAAAUUUUAGAAGAAAAUUACAAGACGUAUUGCUCGCUUAACAAUGAGCUUCCGGAAGGCGACAUCGAUAUCAAAAAGAAAGUCGAAGAAGUAUUGGCCUUUGAAGACUAUGGUUCAAAGCGUGGAGCCAAAAUGGAUCAGGACGAUUUUUUGCAGUUACUGGAGAGAUUCAACGCCAACAAAAUUCAUUUUUCAUAG